AUGGCAGAUCGUGUUCAACUGUUUUUGCUAGUGCUAAUGCUUUCAGCAUCGCUCGAAUUGCAUGCGUUGGCGUCCGCCAUCGCUCGGAUGUCCUGUGACUGCCCUCGCAAUGUAGAAAGUUUCCUGCGGACCAACGUAUCCUUACCUAUGGUGACGAUGGUGCGCAACCGAACUGGAGACGAGCUGUACGUGGGUUUCCUGGCUGGCUACGUGCAUUCUAAGGUCGUUCUGGGUGCGCUACUGCUAGCGAUAGAAACGAUCAACAACGACUCCGCGCUACUUCCCAACAAAAAGCUACGACUACGGGCGGUUGACAUAGGAGCCCAAAAGUCCCCCAAAGCAUUCCCCAUUCAGAAAAUGACCGAAAUGCGUGACAAUGGCAUCGUUGUGUUUAUUGGACCGGAUGAAACCUGUACUUCGGAAGCGCUUGUAGCUUCUGCUUGGAACCUACCGAUGAUAUCCUAUAAAUGUGCAGACAUUGCAGUGUCGGAUAAGACAGUGUACAGUAGCUUUGCCCGCACGCUGCCACCAGCAACAAAGGUGUCGAAAAGUGUUGCAGCCCUUCUAUUGGCCAACAAUUGGCACUGCUUCAGUAUCGUGGCUAGUAAACAUCCUGCCUGGAGCAUGGAGAUAGCACAUGCAAUAGAGCUGCAAGCAGAAUUAAACAAUCUCACUGUAAAUCACUUCCGCUUCUAUUCAGACUAUAUUCCGUCAAAAAUUGAUGAACUACAAGAGAUAGUGGAUAACACUUACCGAAACACUAGAGUGUACGUCUUUGUGGGCGAUCACAUAGAAAUGGUGGACUUUGUACGAUGUCUACAGAAACGAAAGCUACUCAGUACAGGCGAUUACAUAGUAAUAUCGAUCGACGACGAGAUCUACGAUUCCAACAUGAAUCGCAACAUAUACGAAGAAUAUUCCGAUUUCUAUCAAAAGUAUUUUGGAAACUUGAAGGAUAAGCAGCAGCAAAAAAACAAACGAUACAACUAUAAGGACCAGGAGCGUUUACAGGAGGCAUUCCAGUCGGUGCUACGAAUAUCGCCACUAUUUCCAAUGAACCCAAAGUAUCGCAAACUAUGCCACCAGUUUAAACUAUACUCACGCAAUCAUCCGUUCCAUGUACCAUUACCUAGAAAUCGACAUAUAUUCGAUAGAAUACAGGUCCCUAUCUAUGGUGCGUAUUUGUACGAUGCACUCAUCAUCUACGCCCGUGCUGCAUCCGAAGUGAUUCGUGACGGUGGAGAUAUCUCCGAUGGAAAAUUAAUUAUGCGCCAUAUAUUCAACCGAUCGUACCAUUCGAUACAAGGAUUUGACGUGUAUAUUGACGCAAACGGGGAUGCAGAGGGCAAUUUUUCGGUUAUCGCGUUACAGAAGGAUGACAAGGUGAACAACUCGUUGCAGAUGUCGAUGCAACCGGUGGCAAUAUUUGUGUACGGAGCGCGAAACGUCACAAGCGGCAUAACCCUACCCGAGUUUCGCUAUCUCAACGCGAACCGGCCAAUUAUGUGGCUAAAGGGGCGGCCACCAUUGGCAGAACCGGUGUGUGGUUUCUACAAUGAAAAGUGUCGACCGAAAGCAAAAGAUUGGCGAUAUAUUAGCGGUGCGCUGGUUGUAAUUCUGUUCAUGACUAUAUUUACUAUUAUCCUGUUCAAACAUUAUCGUUACGAACAGACGUUGGCGUGUUUGCUGUGGAAGGUGGAUAUGAAGGAUGUUAUACUGAUAACUUCACCCGACGCACUGUACAGCAAUGAACUGCGGAAGAAUUUUGUAUGCCAGCAAAGCAUAAUGGUCAACAAUGCAGGAGACACCAACAAACGAGCAUACACGACGAUUGGGCUUUACCGUGGUAAUAUCGUUGCAAUCAAGUAUUUGCAAAAGCGAACGAUCGAUAUCACGCGCAACAUUCGCAAGGAACUAAAACAAAUGCGAGAAAUACGGCACGAAAAUCUUAUCACGUUUGUCGGCGCUUCGAUUGAUCACGGCACUAUCACCAUCCUUACAUCGUAUUGCGCCCGAGGAAGCCUUGUUGAUGUGCUCUCAAACGAAGAUCUGAAACUAGAUCACAUGUUCGUAUCGUCGUUGGUUAGUGACAUUGUCAAGGGAUUAAUCUACCUGCACGAUAGUGAUGUCGGAUCGCACGGUAACUUACGGUCGAGCAAAAUUUUGAUCGAUUCACGCUGGGUAGCACAGAUAGCGGACUUUGGGUUGCACGAAUUCAAGUCCUGUCUGGAGGAACCAAGCAAGUACGACAUAGUGCACUAUGAUGUCUGUAUGACAGGUGUUCUAAUUCCUCUGUAUACUUUCAGAUUCGAAAAAGAAUUACGUAGGAGUCUGUGGAAAGCCCCGGAAAUUCUGCGCGAUCCAAACUCUCCUCCGCGAGGCACACAAAAGGGCGACGUGUAUUCGUUUGGAAUUGUCCUUUACGAAAUAAUAGGCCGCAAAGGCCCGUGGGGUGAUGUGAAUAUGAGUUGGCAAGACAUUGUGGCGCGUGUUAUGUCUCCGGAAGAGUAUGGCAUAUUUCGUCCAUCACUACGAGCUUUUGAUGCUCCAGAAUACGUCAUGCAACUGUUGCACUCUUGCUGGGAGGAAGAUCCAGAAGAUCGACCGGAUAUACGGUUGGUGCGGGUGAAAUUGAAACCAAUGCAAGCCGGACUCAAACCAAAUAUUUUCGAUAAUAUGAUUGCGAUCAUGGAAAAGUAUGCAUAUAACCUUGAAGGAAUAGUACAGGAGCGCACUAAUCAACUUUCGGAGGAGAAGAAAAAGACAGAAUCACUUCUACUAAGAAUGCUUCCGAAAAGCGUUGCGGAAUCGCUGAAACGAGGUGAACGUGUAGAGGCCGAAUGUUUCGAUUGUGUCACCAUUUUCUUCAGCGAUCUUGUAGGCUUCACGGAGUUAUGUGCGCAAAGUACACCCUUUGAAGUGGUAGAAAUGCUGAAUGAUCUCUAUACUUGCUGCGACUUUAUUAUCUCUAGCUACGAUGUAUACAAGGUGGAAACGAUCGGUGAUGCUUACAUGGUCGUUUCUGGACUCCCUUUACGGAAUGGUGAUCGUCACGCAGGGGAGAUCGCUUCGAUGGCCCUGCAUCUACUGAAUUCCAUUUCGAACCUCGAGAUACGACACCGACCAGGUGAGUUUAUCCAAAUGCGCAUCGGCAUCCAUUCAGGUCAAUGUGUGGCCGGUGUGGUUGGACUGAAAAUGCCCCGGUAUUGCCUGUUUGGUGAUACGGUCAACACAGCUUCACGCAUGGAAAGCAAUGGUGAUGCAUUGAAAAUUCACAUUUCGUCGGUAACAUACGAGCUGUUGAAAAAACUUGGUGGUUACAAAUGCAAAGAGCGAGGCAUCAUUAAAGUUAAAGGAAAGGGCGAAAUGCGAACGUACUGGUUGCUCGGAGAGGACGAUCAGAAAAGAAUGGAUCGUUUCGGUUCGAAUGAAGCGAUUACGAAUUUGACCAUACCAGAUCUUCUCUGCACCCCAGAUCAAUCGCAAACAAACCUCAGUCGACCUUCGCUACGGCGAAUUUUAUCUGAUACGGUUCCUGUGUUACAUACGUCACACCUGCACAGCACCAGCGAUCAACAAUUACCAUCGGUCAGCUAUCUUACUCACAAUGCAUCGAAUCUAGGCUGUUACAUCUGUCACAAACGAAAGUUGCACGUAGGGAACACACCUUUGGCGGACAGUACACAACGCCUUUCGAUCAUCCACGGAAGUUACGGUGUCGAUGAGGCGGUCUGCACGUGCCGUCAACGAAAUUGUUUGUUGGAGUACUAUAAUGAUAAUUUGAUGACUGUGAGGACAAUUCGAGAACCGCGAUCAGCGCCGCAAAUCACGUUUAUGCAGUGA